UGAUUCAGAAGUUGAGACUGUAUACCAGAUUGUAGAAGACAAAAGUUGGGGGAAGGAAAAAAAAACCCGAAGAAACUGAAUACAUUUUUCCAAGAAAUUGAAACUACAGUUAUUCUGCAUUCCUCGAAAAAUUCUGUAGGCUGUGCGACUAUGACGGGGCGUCAAGCCACCAACCCAGAAGAUGGCAAAGAGAUUGACAGUGUGAAGGAGUCCAUCAGUGACAUCAUCAAUCAACUGCAGGAUAUUGACCCUGCCAGGCUGUCAUUCUCUCCAUUCCUAGACCUAGACACCCAGAUCUCUUUAGCACCAGUGUCUGACAGUCCUGAAUCUUCAGUGGAGGAGCUCCACUCCUCUUCUCACUCAGUCACUGGCUCUCACCACUCCCUGGAAGCCCUGCCAGCCGAUCAACUUGUCCAGCUUGAUUCCUGCCACCAGCAACACAGCGAGGGCUUCAAAGCAGAGCGAAGACCGCAAGAGGGGAAAGAGGGAGUUCAGGAUGGAACUAUUUCAAGUCUGAUUGCUACAGUGCACAAUUUGGAAGACCCGGUGGAAAACUGCAUCAGCACUCCAAAUCCAGCCUCUCUGAGAGACAUUCCCAAUGGCACAGACACACAGAGAUGGAGUCCAGAAUCCAACAAUCUGGAGUCCACCAUUGAUGAAGGCCAACCGUUGCUCGGCUUGCCACCGGAGAGCAUAGAGUUGACUAUGUGGAGUUCCCAAGAUCAAGAGACUUGUGAGGCUGUCCCAGAGGUGGCAGACAAGAGACGGUGCUGCUGCUGUAGAUGUUGCCAAAGUGGCCGCGUUCCUGCUGUGUGCUCAGUCCUGGCCUCCCUUCUGUUUACUGCGGGGCUUCUCUAUGCACUCUAUUUCUACAUUCCCAUAGUUGCCCCAGACUGCCCUGACAUGGUCAGCCGCCUCACUUUCACACUUUGCUGCUGUGCCGUAGCUGCUUUCCCCGUCUUGUUGGCUAUGCUGAUUGGUGCUAUGUGCCAGUUCUGCACUGGGUCUUUGAAUCCAGCUGAGGCUCUCCACAGAAAACCGGCCAUUCAGCAGCUGUUUGUCUCUGCGUCUAUGGAGCAGUUGUUUCUCUACGUUCUCAAUCUGUUGGUUCUGGCUACAUUCCUGCAUCAAGACCAUCUGAGGGUGGUGCCCAUUUUGACUGGAGUUUUCGUUGGAGGGAGGCUUAUCUACUGGCUCUGCUUCCACAUGUGUAGCCCCUGGAGAGGCUUUGGAUCGGGGCUUACUGUUUUCCCACUCCUUGCCAUGGUGGCUUUCAAUCUGUACUGUCUGUACGACUUGAGCCUCAGACAACUGCUCUUUGGGUCGGAGGACAUACUCUAUUAUCAGACCACCCCUUCAUCCUGGCCUCUGGAGGUGUCACAGAGCCCCAGUGGCAAAUCAGAUAGUGUCAUACCCACGGAUAUCUUGGAAACGCAGUAAGGAGGAGAGCACGGUCCCUUAUAACUUAAAGAGAAAGCUUAGAACCCAGAAAUAGCCCAUUCCUGUGGUCUGAAGUUCAGCAGAGCUACACAGAAUGCCACUAACCUCUAAGUCUGUAAAGGCUUAAGUUGUAUUUUGCUCCUCAUAUACAGGACCUUUUUAUGUGGAUUCAUGCUUAUUAUCUGAAAUGCAAGAGCCGUUCCUCCCUUUAGUUGUGGAGGAAGUCUUUGAACAAUGUUCUACUUCUAAAUGUGUGUCCUUUUAAGCUAUUCCAGUGCAUAUAUUUAAUGUUCUGUGAAGUACUUUGACUUAAAAGUUAUAAUUGAAAAUGGAUGGAUAUUCUACCAAUUGAUGUGUUCUUAUAAAAACCACUGAAUGCAACUUGGGUCCAAAAUAUACAUUUAUUUUAUCCGUCCAAAAGUUUGUAAAUGAAACUGAAGUAACAAUAAAAGC